UAUUACCAUAUUUUUUAAAUAUUCAAAUAUAUUCUUUACAAAUUCUAAUGAGAGAUAUAUGAGUUUAUAAUUAUUCCUCCACUUCAUACUCUCUCUUGUAAAAGACAUAAAAAUGGUACGAGCUCCUGUUGUUGAUAAGGAUGGUGUCAAGAGAGGAGCUUGGAGUUUAGAGGAAGAUGGAAAGCUCAGAGCUUACGUUGAGAAAUACGGCCCUUGUAAAUGGCGGGAGGUUCCCAGGCUUGCAGGGUUGAUGAGAUGUGGGAAGAGUUGUAGAUUGAGAUGGUUGAAUUAUCUUCGCCCGGGUCUUAAGCGAGGGAACUACACAAAUGAAGAGAAUGAUUUAAUCUACAAAUUGCAUCAAAAGCAUGGAAAUAGAUGGUCAAGGAUAGCUGCAAAACUACCCGGAAGAACAGACAAUGAGGUAAAGAAUCACUGGAAUGCUCACUUAAAGAAACAAGUGGAGUCAAAAGCAGAAUCAUCAUCAUCAAAACAUGAGGGAAAACAAAAGGAAUUAAGGUCCCAUGUUUAUGAAGCAAAAACAGAGGACUUUACGGAGUAUUGUUCCACAACAUUUGGGAUUGUGGAGAGCUCAUGUUUGUCCCAACAAACAUCUUCAUGUGAUGACAAUUUUGGGACAGAACUAAUUUGGGAAGUGGAAGAUUAUAAUAUUAAUCAGCUGCAGAUUGGGUACUACGAAGAUUUCUGGACAGAACCAUGCGUUUGGGAUCACAGUCAAACAAAUGUAUUCUCAGAAGAUUACGGAAUUGGAAUCUUUUCUCCUCAACAAUAUGAGACAACCUACGACCAUAAUUAUUGUGAUUUGUUCGGCUAGCUUCUUACCAUAAUUUCAUUCCGCUGUUUCUUCCUACUUUACUGGCGUUAUCUAUGAUCAUGCAUUUCGAAAUUGUACAUUAUUUUCUGUUGUUGUCCAUUCCGCCAAAAGUUUUCAAGCAUGUUUAGUUAGGUAAAACAGAAAAGCCCAAAAUGCUAUGGGACACCGUAGUGCAUAAAUUCCAAUUUGGGAAGUUUAUUGUCAAAGUGAACAGUUUAACGAAAAUUGUAUUGUAGUCCUUUGUAAGUUCCAAUUGUAAUGUCUCUACUUGUUAUAUACCCAAAAAAA